AUGAUGACGUGGGGCUUCAAUGCCACUGUUGAGCAAACGAGGAGAUCUCUGAGGAUUCAGGAUUGGCCAUGGCUUGAUAAGGUCCAAGUAUUUUUUGUGGUGAUUGCUGUCCUUAUGUCUCUGUUUGCCUUGUUUUUUCUUCUUGUUGGCUUCACAGCUACUGGUGCGACGCGUGAAGAGAUAUAUAAACGCGAUCAAGCAAAGUUUGGUGGACGGUGUGCGUGUGCUACUGCCAUGGCUUGGUGUGUUUUGUUG